AUGAAGCAACGAUGGAACCGACUGCUUUGGCUAAAACAGGACUAUCCCGAUAAUUACACUGAUCCUGACUUCUUAGAUGAAGUUCUGGAGCUUCGAAAAGUGCAAUCAAGCCCGCGCAGUACUUCUUCUUAUUGCAAGGUUGUGAGAGAUUUUCUACUGUUUUAUCAUCGGGUCAUGAAUACGGGAUUGAUGUAUGUUACUUUCGCACUGCUGAAUCACUAUCGGCUCGAUCCGAUUUACUUCACUGGGGCGCUGACUUGUUUGGCAUUCAUCGUUGCUGUACUUUUCCACCAUGCGGCGGUCCCAGUGAAGUCACCACUAAUUAUAAUCUUCACAAUGCUGGUUCUGUCACCUGUCUUGAAGUCGUUAUCUAGAACUAUGUCAUCAGAUUCAAUCUGGACCAUUUCGUGCUGGCUUACUGCGUGUUACAUCCUAUCUAUCUUUCUGCACACAGAAUCGAUCGUUUCUACCAACAUCUUGGUCUCCAACGUUGCUGUUCUCGCUUCCAGACUACAAUCCACAACUGAUGUAUUUUGUUUCCUGCUCAUUUGCAUGGAGCUUAACGUCCUGCUGCCAUACCUCGAGAAGUCACUGCGGGCACGGCAUUUUCACACAUGCUACGCGAUUGCAUUCAUGGCCAACAAUGCAGUGGUUUAUUAUUUUAUUACCAGUUGCCGAGGCUGGAUGUACACCAUUAUUUUUGCAUCCAGCUCUUUAUCCUUCGUCUUCGGCUUGCCUCGCUAUUUUAUCUAUUGGCAACAAAACUACUACAAAGGGGGCGAGUUACUAUCAAAAUGGGAUGCUAAAACACCCAUUCUAGACUGA